AUGUCAGACCACAAACCUGUAUCGAGUACUUUACGAAUAGGUGUAAACUUAGUAAAUUUCGAUAUUCGUAAUGACAUUGUGACUGAGACGUUGAAAAAGUUCGACAAAGCUGAAAAUGCUGCUAGACCAGUGAUUUCCAUUGAACCGCUUGAGCUGACAUCCAGUGGUCUCGUGCUUCAUGAGCAGGACGUGUAUACUACUAUCUCACAUAAUAGCAUACUCUCAGGUCAGCAAGCAGGCUCUCGAAUUGUUGAAUGGGAAGCUAUAAUUUCUGAUCCCAACAUAAAAGUAGUACCUGACCGAGAGUCACUACCAGCAGGUGGCAGUCAGAGAGUCAAAUUGUCUACUACACUUGGAGUACCAGGAAGCAGUGAUACCAAUAGCAAGUCGCCUUUACAAUCGGUAGUAGUCGUGCACAUCAAAAGACGCCCAGGACAUAUUUGUUAG